GUGCUAGACAAUGUCAAACGAGUGAUUCAGAUUUUGAUUAUGAAGCUCAGGUGCAACAAAUAAAGUUAAUUGCUUUUAGCUAUUUACUUUUUGGCGUCAUUAGUUUUUUGUUUCAUUCCCAAAAGUACCUUCCUGAUAUACAAUUGAAUGUACUCAUGGAGCUUAGUAUUCUAGUAACGUUGUUGGUGGCGUUAGGACGUGCUUCGGCAGCAAACGAUAAUAAAUGUGAUAUUCCAAAAGUGCUGCAGGGGACAUGGUUCAGUUGGGAAGUUGGUGAACCGACAACAACCACGAUCGAUGCUUGGUCCUACCAAAGGAUCGGCCCAAAACAGGGACGCUAUCGUUUGGAAUGUAUCGACAGUAGACGAAAUGGUUCGGAUCACACAUUCAUCUUCCAGGGCACCGACUGCUAUACGUGUGUAAAUGCGUUUCCGCGUACGCUCAAUGUGUUUGAAAAGUAUGAAACUCCCUGCGUGACGUUAGAGCGGAACCAAAAGCCAACGAUCGACCGAAUCUGUCGGGGGCUUCGACGAGAUCAGCAACUGAUUACCUUGUUCAACAAGAAUUUUAUUCCUAUUAGCUGUCGAUCCUCACUAGAAGGUGUAUGGCAAUUCGCCUAUCAGAAUCGAUUCCGUUUCACCGGUGAGUGCGAUAGUCAAGAGGCCCGAAUCCAAUCAUGUCAAACUCCGGGUACACAAUUUUUGAUUCAGAAUCAGAAAUUCAACAUCACCUAUCGCCAGUGUCAAGGAAUGGAUGGCACAUUCAACGGAGUUGUUGAAUUCAGUUGUUUGGGCGAUUGGUUCAUCGGGAAGAACCACUACUUUGCUGUGGUGAACACAAAAGAAUCACGUGAGGAUGAAAAGUAUCGUUGUUUUUUGAAAAAUCGUGACGAUGAUCUCUACAUUGGUGCCUCGAUCACGGCGGAAUGUAAUACUAUCAAAACGGUAGAAAAAUCACCGGAACGUUACCGUGUUACCCCGGUCAAAUCGGAAGUAGUCGAGCCUGGUUGCAGAUUUCCGCAAAACUUCACCGGCGAAUGGAUCAACACGGCCAACGUAGACGCCGAGGUUACGAUCAACGAGACGCACAUAAUCGAAACCUACUAUCCCGAUAGAGCACGGUACAGGAGAACGAUUUAUGUUUGCCGCGAGCAACGCGAUACCAGAAUUAUGAUGGCUCGUUUGACGGUCGACGGUUGUCAGAAGGAUUAUGUUUGUUUCGAUUUCGUACCCAGACAUCACAACGUAAUCCGCUAUCGGCGAGGGUUGGCCGUCAUAAAGGAUGAUUUCAGUACCGUAUGUUCGUGGGUGCAGUUCCCGAACAAAGAAGAAUGGCGUUAUGAACUGUUCCUUGCGGCAAAACCGGUUCCUGUGCGCUGUCCAGUGGCUGGCAAAUUCAAUUUCACACAGAAAGGAGAAUCGCCAUUCAGAACUCGCAUUCUUGGUGGUGUCACACUAAGUCCGCGUCCCGAUAUUCGUUGUAAGCAGAACAUUUCCGAUUUCUCGGUUUGCGAUACCGACCAGAAAGAGAUGGCCGUCGAUGCGAACUACUGUCUAUCGGUAGAUCAUCUCGGUCGACCGGUCGACAUCUAUAGCGAUCCCGAUUACCGUAUGAAAUGCAUCGGCUACUGGCAGGAGAAUCUCAGGUCCUAUCUGAUCACUUACGAUGAUCUAGAUCCAUUGUCGAAAUACCGAUGCUGGGUUUAUCAGCGUGCGGAUUUGAACCGGGUGCUGAUGUCUCAGGCCGUAGGAGCUUUCUGUCACGUCAAACAGGAUGUCACCUCCUGGAACUACACCGAGGGUGCAGUGGUGGCAAUCGAUAUGACCGAGUACGAGCGAGAACGUGACCAGUGUCCGAUGCAUUUCGACGACGGUUCAAAUCCCUGGCAGGGAGCGGAAAACUACAUCAAAAUCUUUCCGUGGUUGAUUUACCGAAGUACCGCCACUGCCCUCGGUGGAUCGGUAAACGCAUUUGUGUUGUCGAUGGCAGCACUACUGCUGAAGCUACUGUUUUAAGGGGCAGUAUUGAAAAUUAACUAGCAAUUUUCUAAAGUUUUAGGAAGAUAACCACAAAUCUCACUUAUUCCACGUUUCCGUCCACAGAAGUCUCGGGAGAAAUUGUACUCAUGUGCCUUUGGAGAGUAAUAAAUGUUUUAGAAGUAAACCAGCAUACACUAAGUAUUAAAAAAAACAAGAGUAGUAAAAGUUUUAUACUUGGCAGCGUUAAUUGUAAAGCAAUAAACAUAAGUUUUAUUGAUGAAAUGAUUUAAUGAUAAGAAAUAAACAUUCCAAGCUGUAA